AUGAAGUUCUCCGAGGAUUGUGUCCCAUUCAUCGUCCCUCUCUUCCUGGUGACCCCGAUCUUCGGACAGGAAACUCUCAAUGCCACAAAUGUCACGGGUGACAACCUCGUCAGCAUCGCACAGGGUGGACCAAACCUGUGUACAUCAGCUGACAUCACCAAAAUGGACGUGAGCGGCUGUACAUGCCCUUCGACUUUCCCAUCAUCACCGACAGACCUGGUCUGCGUUACACCGUCGGGACAAUGUCCUAUCACCUGCAACCCCCCGCCCCCGCCAUCACCCGUGAUACCUCGAUCAGAGCUCUCUCAAUGUUACUCGGGCUGUGUCGAUGCCAAUUCCGAAUGUAACGGCUGCUACAUCUGGUUCUCCAGUCUAUGUCGGUGCAUUCGCGCCUUCCAAGCCGGAACCCCGACAACUUGCAUCGCGAGCCCUUCAAUUGGCGCUGGCCCACCCCAGCCCAACCAGUCCCCUUCGUGGGUAGUCCUCGGUGGUGGAGACUUGAUUACUACGACAGACUUGAUACCGGGAAUUUUGCAAUUGAAUUCCGCUGCCGACGUGGACGGGGGAUUCCGGCUUGGCCAGGAUACACUCAACAACAGAGGUAUUAGGGAUACAGGAACACUUGCGAUAAACAGUGUCUCCACCCGCUCCGAGGAGCAGAUUCAUAUCCAUGUCUGUAAUAACCCUGGAAGUACUGUGCGUGGUAUUCUUGAUAAGCUGCAUCGGGACAGUUUCAACACAACAUCGUCGGUUGAUCUGUCCGCUCUUCCUAAGCCGAGUGCUGCAAUGUCUUGUCGGGCGUCGCAUAACAGGGGUGAAGACAUCAACAUAGGCCGCGAUAUUGUUAAUUGGCUGACGCAGUAUGCCGGCACGACGACGUGUGCCCAAUAUGAUGUCGGCGCUGGGGUUAUUGUUGAUAGUAAUGGUUACGCUUGGGCUUGUAUUACUACGGGUCAUAGGGCUGCUGAGAAUCUGUUCUGCACUGAUUGA